CUUUUCUGCAUAUCGAAAGAGAAGUCAAGUCAAGCUCAAUCUCAAAAGAGUGCUCCAAGUGACGAUCAUCAUCAUGAUUAUACAACAUAGCACUGCAUCAAGUGUCGGCGGUAUAAGGACUAUACAACCUGCUUCUACAUCGCAGAGCUGUCUUGGACAACAAUCCAAGCCGAUGGUUACAUCAUCUCCAAGCCCACCUGUUACAACACGACAUCACCAGCAACAAGGCCAUCAGGUACCGUCGCACGUUAGAGGUGGCUAUUAUUCAUCAUCCAAGGAUCAACAGCAACGACAACCUUGCGCAAAUAAUGGUGCAAUGUCACAACAUCAUGUGACCCCACCAC